AUGGCUACCGAGACUUUUGACGAUAUUAAGCUAGAGGAUAUCCCUGUCGAUGACAUUGAUUUUUCCGAUCUAGAAGAACAAUACAAGGUUACUGAAGAAUUCAAUUUCGAUCAAUAUAUCGUCGUUAAUGGUGCCCCAGUCAUCCCAUCCUCCAAGGUUCCUGUCUUGAAAAAGGCUUUGACUUCUUUGUUUUCUAAAGCUGGUAAAGUCGUUAACAUGGAAUUUCCAAUCGAUGAAAGUACCGGUAAGACAAAAGGUUUUCUCUUUGUAGAAUGUGGAUCUAUGAAUGACGCUAAGAAAAUUAUCAAGAGUUUCCACGGUAAAAGAUUAGAUUUAAAACACCGUUUGUUUCUCUAUACCAUGAAAGAUGUUGAAAGAUAUAAUUCCGACGACUUCGACACUGAAUUCAGAGAGCCUGAUAUGCCAACAUUCGUCCCAUCCAGUUCUUUAAAAUCUUGGUUGAUGGAUGACAAAGUGAGAGAUCAGUUUGUAUUACAAGAUGACGUGAAGACUAGUGUAUUCUGGAACUCCAUAUUCAAUGAGGAAGAUUCUUUGGUGGAAGCUAGAGAGAACUGGUCUACUAAUUACGUUAGAUUCUCCCCAAAGGGUACCUAUUUGUUUUCUUACCAUCAACAAGGUGUUACCGCAUGGGGUGGUCCAAACUUCGAUCGUUUGAGAAGAUUUUACCAUCCAGAUGUAAGAAAUUCCUCUGUCUCUCCAAAUGAAAAAUACUUGGUCACUUUCUCCACUGAAUCAAUCGUUGUAGAAGAAGAUAACGAAUUCUCUCCAUUUACCAAGAAAAAUGAGGGUCAUCAAUUAUGCAUUUGGGACAUUGCUUCCGGUCUGCUGAUGGCAACUUUCCCAGUGAUCAAGAGUCCAUACUUGAAGUGGCCUUUAGUUAGGUGGUCUUACAACGAUAAAUAUUGUGCUCGUAUGGUGGGGGACAGUUUAGUAGUUCACGAUGCCACCAAAAACUUCAUGCCAUUAGAAGCCAAGGCUUUGAAGCCUUCAGGUAUUAGAGAUUUUUCAUUUGCUCCAGAAGGCGUCAAAUUACAACCAUUCAGGAACGGUGACGAGCCUUCUGUUUUAUUGGCCUACUGGACUCCAGAGACUAAUAAUUCCGCUUGUACCGCCACCAUUGCUGAAGUUCCUCGCGGUAGAGUGCUAAAAACCGUUAAUUUAGUUCAGGUCUCUAACGUAACUUUACACUGGCAAAACCAAGCUGAGUUCUUGUGCUUCAACGUGGAACGUCAUACAAAGUCCGGUAAGACCCAAUUCAGUAACCUACAAAUUUGUAGAUUGACUGAAAGAGAUAUACCAGUUGAAAAGGUUGAAUUGAAGGAUAGUGUUUUCGAAUUCGCCUGGGAACCCCACGGAAAUAGAUUUGUUACAAUUUCUGUUCAUGAAGUUGCUGAUAUGAAUUAUGCGAUCCCAGCAAAUACAGUCAGAUUUUACGCUCCGGAAGCUAAAGAAAAGACUGCCAAGAAUGUCAUUAAGAGGUGGAGUUUGGUUAAAGAAAUUCCGAAAACUUUUGCCAACACUAUUUCUUGGUCCCCAGCAGGUAGAUUUGUAGUCGUCGGUGCCUUAGUAGGUCCAAACAUGCGUAGGUCAGACUUACAAUUUUACGACAUGGACUAUCCAGGUGAAAAGAAUAUCAACGACAAUAAUGACGUUUCUGCUUCUUUGAAGGAUGUUGCUCACCCCACUUACUCUGCGGCUACCAAUAUCACCUGGGACCCAUCCGGUAGAUAUGUUACCGCGUGGUCCAGUUCUUUGAAGCACAAAGUGGAGCAUGGUUACAAGAUUUUUAAUAUUGCCGGUAACCUAGUCAAAGAAGACGUCAUUGGUGGAUUCAAGAACUUUGCCUGGAGACCAAGACCAGCUUCCAUCUUGCCUAACGCUGAAAGGAAAAAGGUUAAGAAAAACUUGAGAGAAUGGUCUGCUCAAUUCGAAGAGCAAGAUGCCAUGGAAGCCGACACUGCCAUGAGAGAUUUGAUCCUACACCAACGUGAAUUAUUGAAGCAAUGGACCGAAUAUAGAGAAAAGAUUGGCCAAGAAAUGGAAAAAUCUUUAAAUUUCAAAAUCUUCGACGUUCAGCCAGAAGAUGCCAGCGAUGACUUUACUACCGUUGAAGAGAUAGUUGAAGAAGUUUUGGAAGAAACUAAGGAAAAGGUCGAAUAA